GCGGCGCCGCUGGCUGCCCAGCGCUCGGCGGGCAGCGAUGGUGAAGGAAACCAUCCGGGUGUACGCGCGGGUGAAGCCGCUGGGCAGGCGGCAGCAGGCGGGGAUUUAUUCAGUUGAUGAUGAUGAGAAAUCUCCGUCCAAUCUGGAGAUUAUCGUGCCACGUGAUUUAGCAGAUGGGUUUGUCAAUAAUAAACGAGAGCGCUACAAGUUCAAAUUUCAGAAAAUUUUUGAUCAAGAGGCAAAACAAGAUGUGGUUUUUGACAGCAUUGCCAAACCAGUAGCAGAAUGUGUUUUGGCAGGAUAUAAUGGUACUAUCUUUGCAUAUGGUCAGACAGGUAGUGGCAAAACUUUUACCAUCACAGGAGGAGCAGAACGUUACAGUGAUCGAGGCAUCAUUCCCAGGACUAUAUCUUACAUUUUUGGUCAAUUGCAGAAGGAUAGCAGUAAAGUGUAUACAACUCAUGUUUCUUACUUAGAAAUCUACAAUGAAUGUGGUUAUGAUUUGCUGGACCCAAAACACGAGGCCUCCAGAUUGGAAGAUUUGCCAAAAGUGACAAUAAUGGAAGACCCUGAUCAGAACAUUCAUCUGAAAAACUUGUCUCUUCAGCAAGCAACCAAUGAAGAGGAAGCCUUAAACUUACUCUUCUUGGGAGAUACCAACAGAAUGAUUGCUGAGACACCAAUGAAUCAAGCCUCAACUCGAUCUCACUGCAUUUUCACUAUUCACAUCUCCAGCAAGGAACCUGGUUCUGCAACUAUUCGACGCUCCAAGCUACACUUAGUAGACCUUGCUGGAUCAGAGCGUGUUGCAAAGACUGGAGUUGGAGGUCACUUAUUGACAGAAGCCAAAUAUAUCAACCUGUCAUUACAUUACUUGGAGCAGGUAAUAAUUGCCCUUGCAGAGAAAAACCGGUCCCACAUUCCUUACCGAAACUCUAUGAUGACCUCAGUGCUAAGAGACAGCCUGGGAGGAAACUGUAUGACUACCAUGAUAGCAACACUCUCUAUAGACAAAAGAAACAUAGAUGAAUCUAUAUCAACCUGCAGAUUUGCACAGCGAGUUGCUCUUAUUAAGAAUGAAGCAGUUCUGAAUGAAGAAAUUGACCCCAGUUUGAUGAUUGCCCAGCUGAAAAAGGAGAUCCAGGAGUUGAAGGAUGAGCUGGCGCUGGUGACUGGCAAGCAAAGAACAUCAGAGCUUUCACAAGAAGAGCUACUUCAGUUGGACGAGUUAAUUGAAACAUUUCUUGAAGAUAAUGAUUCUGAUAGCACUCUGGAUGUUGGUGCUGACAUGCGCAAGAUCAAGUAUUGCUUCAUUCAUAUGAAGCAACUAAUGAAUCAUUCAAAGAUUUCUGAUAAAAAACUGCUCUCACAAAACAUCUUUGAAGAAAAAGACACUAACAAAGAAGCAGGAGAAGAAGAAUUGAAAAAACUGAAAGAAAUUCUGCAGCAGAGAGACAAUGAAAUCAAUAUUCUGGUAAAUAUACUAAAAAAAGAAAAAAAGAAAGCACAACAUGCUCUUUUCCAGCCUAAUGCUGCCUCCACUGGUUCUACAAUCUUGGAACAGUCUCUCUCUAUAAACUUGGAAGAAAGUAGGAGCCCAUCCAGCUGUUUUAGUCUGAAAGAAGCAAAAGAUUCCAGCUCUUCAGUUCACAGACUACCUUUUCUUUCCAGACAAACAGGAGGAAAGAUGUCACUUGGAUGUCAGGAAGCUUUUGAAGUUUUCAAGAGGGACCAUGCUGACAGUAUAACCAUUGAGGACAACAAACAGCUUCUAAAACAGAGGUUCGCCGAAGCUAAAUGCCUGGGAGAAAAAUUAAAUGAAGUGAGAAAUAAUAUAAGCCGUCUGAAAGGAGAAAUAACCCAGAGGCACAUUCAGAGGGCAGCUCUAGCUGUUUCCAGUCCUUCUGAAGAGCUAAAUACACUUGAUCCAGUAGAAGAGAAACUUCGAACACAAAUUGAAGAAGAAAAAAAAAGUUAUAAAACAAUGUUCAAUCACCUGAAAGGACUGAAGGUAGAGAUUGAGCACCUGCAGCUUCUUAUGGAAAAAGUCAAGAUGAAGCUGCGAAAAGACUUUGAAGUCUGGUGGUCUGAAGAGGCAACAAAUCUACAGCAGGAAAAGCCGGAGAUGGUUAGCUCACCAAAUACCGCAGCUGUUUAUCCCCACUUUAUCAAAUCCUCGCAACAUCUAUCAACUAACAGUUUUUCAGAGACCACAAAUGUCAGCCCUAAUGAAGAUCCAGCUGGGAAAAACAAUUCAAUCACUUCUAGUAACCCAACUUCAAAAACAAGGAUCCCACCAAGUUCAAGUACAUCUAUUCCUCUGACUGGAGACAGCCAGGCUGAUGCUGACAUCCUAGCUUUCAUUAAAGCAAGACAGAACAUCCUGCAAAAGAAAGGCUUGGGGAACAAAUGAAAUUCUUGUUGCAGUCCAUUAUCUCCUUUUACAAACAGUCAAAGAUCUUAAAAAGAGUUCUUUCCCUUCCUCUUCUGUUUAGAAACAGGUAUGAAUAAGUACUUUAGAUGUACGGUUUAAUUGGUAAAGGAAAUUAUUUGUCUUGACAACAAAAUCCAUUUCUCCACGGAAUCAUAUUUGAAUAUUUGCACUCAGUAUCUUCAGCUUGCAUUAAGAUUAAGCAAAACUAAAACAACCAAUCAGGAGUUUGCCAAAUAUGCUUGUUUACUGAGAAUUCAUCGUAUGUUUUCUAAAUGUUAAAAUUAUCUACUGUAUUAAUGCUCUUAUACAUCUUUAAUCUGGGAAACACUUAUUAGUGCUGCUGAUGGUUUUGUUUGCAUCAGUUUGCAUAAGGCUUGGCAUCCAGAGAAGUCUGUGCAAAAAUAGUAAUUAUCUGGAUUACAAAAUUCUAUAAAAUUUCAUUUGAGACCUUUUGCUGAUUUUUAUUUUUUCCCCAAAGGAAUAGUAGUUUUCAUAUCAGAUUAUUAGAAUACUGACAUUGCACUUGCAAUAUCAAAAUAAAUUUUUACUAGAAAGUAAUUCUAACUUCAAAAUUUCGCAACUGUUUUUUUUAUUUGAAUACAUUAAAUGUUAUGCAAAAUAUAGACCUUCCCAGAAUAUACAGCUUUCAGAUGAAACAAUGACACUUAAUAGGCCUAAAGUAAAACAGAGCAAAUACUUAUAAAACACAAAUGAGAUGUGAAAAUUUAAAUACAGUUAUAUCUUAUAUAUAAUGUAAGUUCACUAUUGACUUGGAACUACUUUAUUGCAUAAUACGCGGUUAUGCAACAACUUAUUUUACACAUCAGACUAAAACACAUCAAAAAAUGCAAUGCAAAAUGGUCUGUUUCUCUGAGAUACACAUACUUCCAGACUGAAGCCAUCAUUUUUCAUGGUAGUGAUAAGCUUACAGUCAUGCAUUUGGAAGGGUUUGGGUUGUUCACAUAAAAAUACAGCAAUAUAUUGGCAGAAGUCACGUAUCAUUCUCAAGGAUGUAUAUUUCUUAAGUUGUUGAUACUUAAUUCUGUGGCAAGUUCAUAAUUAUUCAGAAGUACAUGGUGAAUUGGUAUGUUCAAAACUACAGAACGUAGUGUUUAUCAAAUUAACAACUAAGAUGCAAUCAAGAAAUAUUAAAGUUAUACCUUUUUCUGCAUUUUAAUUUUCUGUAAAAGUCAGCACAGGUAGCACAUAAAUUGUUAAGCUUUAUGUACAAGGCAAGAUAAAAGUCAGAUCUACUGUUGCUUUGGGAAGAGAGAGUUCAAGGAUUUGGUCAGAGGUGGGAAAAUCCACAGGUCUUCCCCCUUUCAUAUAUCUUCUCUUAGAGAUUGUAUUAAAAUGUCCUUUUUCUGCCAGAAUCUUUAUCUGUCUGUCUGUAUUUUUCUUCGCCUUACUCUGUUAUAUAUAAACACUGUAUUAAAUAUACACUGAAUUAAUGUUUAUACAGCUUUGUUGAAGAUAGCAGGGCCACCAUCCUGCCUCCGUCCAACCCAGCUAAGUGGGGAAGAACCAGAGGUUCCAAACCGUUGCUGGGUGAGGCAGCUCGCUCUUUCAGUUUUCAGUAAAGUCCCCGUUAUGGUGAAUUUAUUUGAAGGUGGCCAAAAGAGAAUUACUGGUACAACAGCUCAUUUCUUUUGACGUUGAAGCAUUUCCAAUAGCUUUCAAUAACUGGUUAAGAGAAGGAUCUCAGCGCUAUCCUGGUAUGAUCUAUGUGACACUGCUACUACUUGAUGAUUACAUAUCCAGUGUUUUGUUCUCAGUUUGCCACACAUCUAACUCACAGAGAGAAAAGAUUGCUUGCUCUUCUGUUUCAACACUUUCUAGCCUUUUUUUACAAUGUUGUAAAAUUGGUGUGAAAUUCAGUCACUGUCAGCAAAGUAAUACCUGAUUGGCAGAAUGGUCUGAGGUUAAGUUUAUACCAAACACAUAAGAAGAGCUUGGACAAAAGUGCAUCAAAUAAUAGAAAACCAUAUAAAUAUAUAAAACCAUAUAAAUAAAUAUAAAGCAUUUCUUGCUUCUUUUGGGAAUUUUCGUAAUAUCAUGUAGACAUGAAAGAUUGCUCAUUCAGUACAUAAUAGUCUCAAGAAGGAAAGCAUACACUUUUUUUAAAAACUGCCUCUACUUUUCAAAGGUUGCCUCUUGGAUUCAUAGGAAAAUUCAGGUUGGAAAGGACCUCAGCAGGUCUUUAAUCCCACCUCUUGCUCAAAACAGCAUCAGCUAUGAAAUCAAACCAAGAUGCUGAGGGCUUUGUUCAGUCUGGUCUUGAAAACCUCCAAGGAUGGAGACUGCAUGACCUUUCUAAGCAAUCUGUUCCAAUUCUUGACUGACCUCAUCAUAAAAAAAUUUUCCUUAUGUCCAGCCUGAACUUCUCCUUUUCCCCAUUGUCUCUCUUCUUCUAACAAGCCACACUGUCAAAAGCCUGGCUCCAUCUUCUUGAUGGCCUUCUCAUAGGCAUUGGAAGGCUAGUGGUUUUCCUAGGUCUUCUUGUCUUCAUGAAAGCAUUUAUUGCUUCAAGAAAGUUUGGUUGGCCACAGAUGAACAAAGUUACUUGUUUUAAUAAUGUUCAUAUAAUUUCUAGAAUAAUUGCAAAUAACCUAAGCAUUUACCACACUGAAGAAAGAGGCCCACAUUUAUAAUGGUCUUGACUCCUGCCUAAGCCAUCUAUAAAGCAGUAUUGCUAAGCACAGAGAUUCUCAUGCAUAUCUGACUCCUGUCUGUUCACUGUGAUAUCUAGCUGCUGGUUGGUUAAAUGUUUAUAUGGUAAAUACAAUUUAUUUAUUAUCUCCAACCAGAAUAAAUCCAAAUAUCUUUUUUGUGGAGAUUUCUUGGGGAAGUAGUUCUACAGUGCUAGAUAUCAUGCAGAUAGUUCCAGGAUUAAUUUAUACCAGAGAUUGUGGAUCAUGUCACCUCUUGUUUCAAGGCAUUUCCAAUCCUUCUGUAUAGUUUAUUUCAAGAGAAGAUAGACAUCCACUGGUCUCCUACAGCAGUCUCCUUCUGGGAGGGUCAGGAUAUGACCCAAACUUAUAAUAAAAGCCAAAGGGUCUGUUCUCAUUUAUGCUGAAUCUGCCAGGGAUCUAUACACGAUCUGGAAGCACACUAGUGAAACCCUUGAGCUCAUCAGCUUUUGGCUUGGGCAUUUGUCUCCAUUUUCAUCACUUCCUGGCCACUGAAGCUUUUCAGAGAGCUCCAAGGAGAAAAUGACAUAACCUUAUGGUGAGUUUCUCUUGCUUGGAAGAUGGAUAUGCCUAAUUCAAUCUCCCUUUUUCACUCCUGUGUUUUUUAUGAAAGAGUCUUUGAAGUGGAAUAAUGAGGUUUACACAUGUAACAGUGUAAGUAUAUAUUGUGAUAUCUUCCCAGCAAAAGAUUUUAUUGUUCUUACCUGGUUUAAUCAAUCAUAGGAUGCAAGUGCUUUAUGUCAAUAGUAUAAACUGAGAGGACUCCAAUGUGAUAAAUUGUUAAGAUCUUAUAAAUGUUGCCUGUACCAAAUAUCCAGCUGGUAAAUAUGGAUGCCAACAAGGUGAAAAUCUGGGAAUGCCUAGUUACAUAUAGCAUCUUUGGUAACUCUAUAUAGAAUUUGUUUGUCUUUUCAAAGUCCAUUUUUAAUAACCACAACAAUCGAACUUCUGUUUUUAGAUUAUUUCAUAUGAAUCGUUUUAUUGUUGUUUAAAUCAAUGUUACAUGAUCUUUUGUAAUUUUUUUUGUUUCACUUCCUGCAAUAUUUGCUUCGAAACCUCACCAAUACAGCAAGCAAUGUAAACUAGACAUUUGUAAUACUUACUAUCCAAUGCCUUGAUUUGAUACCACCAUAAUAAAAUUGAAGACU